AUGAGUUAUUUAUUAGAUGAUAAAAAAAUCCUAUUAAAAGAUAUAUUAUGUAAAAAUGAAAAUUUAAAGACUGAAAACGAAAAUAUAGAAUUAGAGAAUAAAGCAUUUUUAUGUCUAAUAGAAAAAUAUGAAGAAAAAAAAAAUUUUUUAAAAAUUUUAGAAUAUAUUCAUUAUAUAUGUAUAUGUUUAUAUAAUUAUGAAAAUAAUUUAAAUUAUAAUGUUCCACAUAAAGAAUUUUUAAAUAGAUUAAUUGAAUUUUUAGAUGAAUCUAUCUUAAAUUAUAAAAAUAUUAUGAAAAAAAUUUUAUUAAAAGAAGAAUGUAUAAAUUCACAAAAUAAAAAUAUAAUAGAAAAUAAUGAUUAUAAAAAAGAAUUAGAUAAUAAUGAUAACAGUGUAAACUACAAUGAAGUAAAGAAUAAAGUAUACAAAGAAAAUAUAGAAGAUAUAAUUACAUGUAAAAAAAAUAGUAUAAAUGUAAAAUUAAAUAAAACAAAUAGCGAUAUAAAUACUUGCAUUGAUGAUAUUGAUAAGAUUAAUCAUGAAAGAAACAUAUUAGAAAAUGAAAUACAAAAAAAAACAACUAAUCUAGAACAUCAAGAAAGUUCUACAAGUAAACUAAAUAUGGAUAAAGAGAAUAAAGAAAUAAAAUAUGAAAUAGAAAAUAAUAUAGAUAAUUCUGAAAAAAAAUGUUCAAAUAACUUAAUAAAUGAAAGGAAUAUUUGCUUAUAUUGGAAUAAAGAAGAAACUAAAGAUGAAUUUUAUUUUACACAAAUUUAUAAGAAGAAUGAAAACAUAAAUAAUACAUAUUUAAAUUUAAAGGAAAAACAACAACUAACUUUAAAUGAAAUAGAAAAAUUAAAGAAUGAAAUAAAAAAAAUUACUUUAUAUUAUGAAAAUACAAAAAUUUUAAUAAAUUCAGUAAUUUGUCAAAGUAAAAUAUUUUUAUUUGAGUUAGAUGAAGAAAUAAAAAAUUAUAAGAUAAAAAAGGAAACAAUAAAAAGUGACAAUUUUUUAAUUAAAAAAAGCAAUUCUAUAAAUGACUUUUAUAACGCAAUAUUAAAUAAACAAAAAAUGAAGAUAGAAGAUGUAAAAAAGACUAAUGAAACUUUAUUAAAUUUAUAUAAAAAAAAAUUCGCUAAUAUUAAUUAUAUUAUAUCCAUCAAUGAAAAUAUUAAUAAUGUUGAUUUUCUUUAUUUGAAUGUUCUAAUUAAUAAUAAGAAAUUAAAUUACGAUAAAUUAAUGAAAGAACACGAAAAAAAUUAUUCCUAUUUAAGAAAACUAUUAAAUGAAAUGAAUAAUAUACAUAAAAAUAUAAAGGAAAGCGAAAAAAAAGAAAAAGAAAUAUUAGCAAAUAUUGAAAAAAAUAAUUGUUCUUUAAAUGAUAUGGAUAAAUUAAUCAUUGAACUUACUAAUAAAAUUGAUAAUACAACCAAUCUAUCAAAUAAAAUAAAUCAAAAAGAAAACAACGAUAUUCUCAACGAAUGUUCUAUUUUAGAAUGCAUCCAAUUAAAUAAAGAUAUUUCAAAUUUAGAAAAAAAAAUUAAAUCUUAUCAAAGAAAAAUUGAUAUUAUAAAAAACAUAAAAAUAAAAAAGUAA